CUGAAACAGAAACAGCACAACACAACACCAUCCCACACAAACGAAGAUCAUUUCAAAGUUUCGUGGCAAGAAACUUUAAGAAACAUUAAACCAUGAGUUACUGCUGUACACACAGUUCUUUAACGACAGCAACAUAACACAACUGAAUUAAAGAACGGUAUGGUGAAAAUGGAAUCCACAGAAGAACAGGAUAGAAAGUUGGUCUUGGAGUUUAUACAUUUGCUGGAAAAAUCCAAACAACUAUUUAAUGGUUUAAGAGAUUUGCCGCAGUACGGCCAUCGUCAGUGGCAGGCCUAUUUUGGUCGCACCUUUGAUGUCUACACCAAAUUAUGGAAAUUUCAGCAACAACAUCGCAUGGUCUUAGAUUCAAAAUAUGGCUUGAAACGGUGGCAAAUUGGAGAAAUUGCGAGCAAAAUUGGACAGCUUUAUUAUCAUUACUAUUUAAGAACCAGUGAAACGAAUUACCUGAAUGAAGCGUAUCAAUUUUAUGCCGCUAUUAGAGGUAGAGCGUAUUAUUCCCGAGCGAUUAAAGAGGAUCGGCCCGAUCUAAUGGUGAAAAAGCUGCGUUAUUAUGCACGUUUUAUAGUGGUUUGUUUAUUAUUGAAGAAAAUGAAAUUAGUGCGCGAAUUGGUUACAGAACUGGAGAAACAAAUACAGGAAUAUACCACCACUUAUGAACCUGAAGAUCAUUUAGAAUGGUCCUUAGUUUUGGAAGAAAUCAAAGGUUUUAUUAAAGCUGAGGCAGCUGUAGCCGUUCUUCAUGCGGAUUCCAAUCCCAUCGUACUCUCACACAGUGGUUCCGGUUCUAGGUUGUCGCCGUUAACGACACCGCCAUGUGAAAGAUCGCCCCACAUGACUCUAAGUCUGCAAGAGAUACUUAUAGUGGGCUCAGCAUGUGAACAAGCCAAAUUUUCCGAGUUAACAAUGGACAUGUUUAGAAUGUUACAGACCUUAGAACGGGAACCAACUGAAACUACACAUCCUAUGAGUGCUUCACAUGGCCUGCACGGGCACGAUGCCAGUCCGGCGGCCAGUCGUAUACCACCAUAUGGUGUUCCAGGUUCCAAGGGUUAUUUAGAAAAUAGCCGUCAUUAUCGAGACAAUCCUCAUAAAUAUUUAUUGUAUAAGCCUUCGAUAAGUCAACUUCUGGUAUUCUUAGCUAGUGGUUUUAAAGAAUUGCCUCCAGGAGGCGCUUUACUUUUAUACAUGUCGGCAGAUGGUUGUUUUUCAACCACAAAACAUCCAGAAGACUAUGGUUAUGAAUUGGGUGGUUUGGCCACCAGCGUUAAACGUGACGGUGUGGAUGGUGGCGGUUUGGCAUGUCGAGGGAAGUCUUAUAAAGAAACGCACUGUUUAUAUCCCGGCGACUUGUAUCCCUUCACCCGUAGACCGAUGUUCAUUAUCAUCGAUUCAGAUAAUUCAUUUGUUUUUCAACAUAUACCCCGUUAUUUUGGCCAACCUUUAGUUGUUCUCAUGUCACCUCAAGAUGUACCACCAGCAUUUCAAGCUGAAGUCCAGCAUCAUGGUUCAUUAUUUACUCUAUUCCUGCAUUCUCCUCUAACUGCAUUGUGUUACAUUUGCAACGUUGGCGAUGUGCCCAUACACCACUGGGAGCGUUGUCAAUCAUAUGUGGAUCAUUUUAUAACCGAAGCUUCGCGUUUAGUAACAAGAUGUCGCAUCGAUGAAAUUGACCAAGGCUAUAUAGAUUCAUCGUAUGUCCAGUUCUUUGGUGACGAUUUCUUACGUACGCUGAUAUUACGUUUUGUGUUCUGUGAUGUUGUGCUUCGAUUACAUCGUGGCUUCCGUGGACGACAUAUGAGACCACGCUGCGAACCACCAUUGCCAUCCACAGAUUUACUGGAGCAUCCCACACUGUCACACAUCAUAUUUCAAUUGGCAACAGCGCUCGAUGUGCGCGGUCAUUUCUCCGACGGACCCGAAUGCGACUGAUGAUUUACUCCUAAAUGUGUUGUAUAUGACAACAAACAGCUACUUGUUCUGAUUCUAAGUCUAGUAUAUUUUAUACAAAUUCUAUAUGAUUCUUGGAAACAAAACCACAAUAAUAAC